UGUGGUGCCGCCUACAACAAUUAAACAGGGUUUAUUAUACAACACAUCACCACCACUCUAAAAGACGCCAUCGACAUUGACAUCGAUUCAUAGAGACUCAUGUGUCAAGGUGUCAUAUCCUUUUUAUAUAUCGUCCACCCUUUCAACAUUUAUCUACCGAUUCCCGUUCUCCAUUCCAUAAUUACGACUUUGGUUGCAAGAAAAUCUCUGACAACAAUCCUCCAUAGAAAAAAAAAACCCUAAUUGGCGACGGUGGUUGGGGUCGAAUUCGUGUUGAUAUAGAUUAUUUCAAUGAACGCGUCAGUUAUAUUCUGGUUUUGUUCCAUGUCAUCGCUUCCCAUUCCUGAUCAGUCUCCUUUUCUCAUCUUCCAUCUCAUUCACACAUACAGCGAGCGAUGUGUUAAUUUGAUUUAUUCAUAAAUUCCCUUUUCAAUUUUGCUAUUUGUUGUACGUGUUGUGGUUUAUUUUCUUCCCUUUGUUAACUUAGGGUUCGAUUUGAAGCCCGAUUCGGUCCAUGAUUUUGACUCUAAUUGUUCACGUUAUCUUUUUUGGUUUGAAAGUUUUCAAGAUGGUUUUGGAAAUCAGAGAUGUGGUGGUUGCGAGAAUAUCUCUGCAAUCUCAAAACUCAUCAAAUAUCACUUCCUUUUGCGUCCUUGUUGAUUUAUUUGAUGAGUUGGGGUUGAACCCCAACUUCGACGAGUUGCUGAUUUCUUCUCACUUUAAUAAUUUACGUUCUACAGCAGUGGCAAAGAUGUAGACAAUGAAGUACUAAUCAAUGGGUUUAGCAAUAAUUCAUGCCCCUCUUAUUUCCCUGAGUUGGGGUGUCAAGAUGAUUGUGUUGAUGAACCUAACAUUUCUUCAAACCUCCUUUUCUUCAACAUCUCACGAUUCAUGUAUGGAUCUUCCGUUUCUGGUAUUGGCUGGAAUAAUGAUUUGUUCUUGUGAAUCAUUUGUAGUUCACCUACUUGUGAAAAUGUUCCUGUCAAGCAAAUCACAGCUAACAAGUUUUCUUGAAUUCUUAUCUUUGAUAAUUUAUUAUUGUUUACUACUUCUAUUUUACGAUAAAGUGAUGAAAUUAGGUUGUGUUUCAAUGUAUUCGGCUUUUAUAUUUUAUUUUGUUGUUUUUUGGUGGUUAAGUUGAUUAUGAUUGUCUUGAAACCAUCGUUUUUUAUAGUGCCAAAUUGUGUGAAUAUGUUGCUAAAUAUCCUGUUUUUGAUAGUGCCAAAUUGUUUCCUGAAGUUAGUGAGCA